AUGGCGAAGAAGAGCCAAAUAAGUGGUUUGGUCUUGUUUAUGUGGGGUAUUGCCUUUCUCAUGAUCACCGUUCCUCAGUCCUCAACUUCGAACAACAUUGGAAAGAGGAGUGCGUCACUUGCAAUUCCCUUCCUAACAUCAAACAGCGCGACAUCUUGCGGCGUCGACACGAUAACUGCGCCUACACCAGAUGCAGACGUUCAGGCCAUGAAGAUUAAAGUAAAGCGCGGGCAUACCAUCCACAUUUACAAGAUGCCGAUCUACUUUUGCGCCUCACUGUUUCAAGAUCUAUCUCUCAGGCACUACACUGGCAUGUGCCUUGGAUUACCCAAACGAAGCGCCCUUAUCGAGAUGCUCAGCAUCCUCUACUCCGCUGAGAUCUCCAAACUCUCUCAGGCGCUGGAUAGGUUUGCGCUUAUUGCGGUCCCGGAGUCGGCCGAAGGUUACAUUACGUGCACAAAACUUGGUUCCGCAGUCAGAUGCCCUUCAAACACACCGCGCCAGUCACCAUCGAUGAAAUCCGAAUCUCCUCAUAAGUUCGUCGGUUUCGUUGCCGGUGUCGCCCUCGCCUUUCCGAUGGCCACGGUCGCUGGGACGAACUUUAAUAUUUGUCUAGCCAGCGUACAGAAUGGAACUUUUGGCGUGGGCGUCGAUGUUGGCGGCACGGACAACCGUGGAAACCCUGUAGACGUUUCUAACGCCACGAGCAUCACGUACGACCUGUGCGUCCACGCUUGUGGCGGCGGCCAAGAACCAUUUCAAUGGUCCAUAUUCUCGCAGCAAUUCAGCGCGUGGUUGCUCCCGUGGCUAGCACUGGUUUCCCAGCUCCCGUUCGGCGCCAACGAUAAGCUAGACAACUUGGAUUCUGUGCUCCUAACCGUUGGAUCACCAACGUUGGCUGCAUAUUCACUCAUCCUAACCAUCUUGAACAGUCGUUGGGUCACCAGACAGUUUGCACAAUACACCUACCCCAAUACUCGAAAUGCCAUCCGCAUCCUCAGCAGCCUGCAGCAAUCGCCGAUCAGAGUUGUGAAGGAGGAUGGGCUUCUUGCGUCCCUCAUUGUUCUUCCCCAAAACGACGUGUGGUGGACCGAACUCAGCGAGUGGAUUAAUUACACCCACACCUGGUCCAUAUCUGCAGCCACCUCCAUCGCAUGGGUUGUCAUCGCCUACAUCUUUACCAUCAUUGAUUCCACCAGCUCCAGCAAAUUCAAUGGCCGAGGAGUAGGAUCACUUUGGUUAUGGCUUCUCCCCAUCGUCGUUGGGUGGCUACAAAUCUCACCCAAAUGUGACUCGGCACGUUUAAGCAGUGCCGUAGAGCGCGCGAACAAGCUGGUCCACGUUGCCACGGAGGGUGGGCAUGUUGUACUCGUGAAAGAAUCCCAAACUGAGGCACGAGCUAUUGAGCUUACUUUAACAGAGGUGGAUGAGCUCCAUCGGGAUGAGAAAUGUACUGCGCCAGUAUUUAACUAUGCGCGAUUCUUUCCGUGGGUGCAGGCAGUCGAGGAUGUGUCCGAAGCUUUCCGGGCGGCGUCUGAUCAUUUUCGUAAUCAUGACUCAGUCGACCGCUCCAUUGACUGGGUUACAGUGGAGAGAGGUCAGAAACCUGAUGAGCGCAAUCGCGUGGGCACCAGGACUCAAGUCGAAAACUACUGCACUCCGUGGCAACCUCCCGAGAGACCUCGCAGUCGCUGGGGACCAAAAGUUGUAUCCAGAAUGUUUCUUGCAUCCGCUCUCGCAUUGAUGUUACAAUGGGGCACGACUGGAGCUGCCUUCAUUCAAGUCUGGUACACACCUACAGUAGGACUCGGCUGCCGAUCAGCAUCUUACCUCCUCUUCGCUGUCCUUUCCACUAUCGUUUGGAUGCUCUUAGUCACCGCAAGCAUCCUAACGCACUAUGCCUCGACGACCCAAUACCACUAUGGCCGGCGCAUCCAGCCUUGGCCCGCAAGAGCAGCUCGAAGGACCUCAAUUAUAUUCCGCUGUCUCGGAAAGUUCAUCGCCGCUUUCAACUCGCUCUGGGUAGUCGUCACGUGCCUCUUCCAGUUCGGCAGCUUCUUUGACAACUGCUAUUGUAAUAGCAGCGUCUUUUAUCUGCGUGACCAUGCGUACAAUGUCAUUGCACUUGUGCCUGGUGACAUUACGAGCAUAAAAAGUGCGUGGAUUGGCGGCGUAUGUUUGGCGGGCGGCACUGCGUUCAUAUAUGUUGCCUUUGUCAAUGUCUUCAUUGACCCGCCCUUGCCAGAUUGA